ACCUUUCUCUCGAAUCAUAUCCAAGAACACACAUUUAUAUAAACAAGUUUAUUGCUUACUUCUAUAAUCACCUUCGGAUUUGAUCGGGAAAAUGAACCAUCUUUCUCACGCAGCGAAUUAGCUGGUCAGAAUUGAUGAAUUCGUGUUUGUCCCCAUUGUAAUACGAAUUCUGAAAUGAAAGCUUUGAGAGCUCUUCGGACUCUGACGGCUCUUUCUUCUAAUCCCUACAAAACCCAUACAUUUCCAUCCCUUCUUCAACGAUCCUACGCAUCUCAGCCUCAAAUAGAAAGCGGCGAAACUGUUUCCACAUCUGAAGAUGAUAGUUAUAGUCGAGUAAACGCAUUCGAUAGUAGUCAUUAUGAUUUACCUGAGAUUGGCACGAAUUCUGAGUCCGAAGUUGAGAAGGAACCCACGUGGGAUGAAAAGUAUAGGGAGAAAGCCAAUCGUUCUGUAUUUGGUGAAGAAACCAGCAAGCAGAGGACGCGAAUUAAGGAGAGGGAAGUAGAGAAAGCUCGUAAAGCUGGGACAUUAGCUAAGGCAUUGCUUGAAGCUGCAUUGCAGCAACCUGAAGAUGAUGAAGAAGAGGGGGAUAUGAUAGUGGCCGAAGAAGAUCAGAAGUCGUUGUAUGUUGGAAUUAUUGGAGCACCUAAUGCUGGAAAAUCUGCCUUGACUAAUUACAUGGUGGGGACCAAGGUUGCCGCUGUUUCUAGGAAGACAAAUACAACGACUCAUGAGAUAUUAGGCGUGAUGACGAAAGGGAAUACUCAGAUUUGUUUCUUUGAUACUCCAGGGCUCAUGUUAAAGAAUAGUGGCUUCCCUUAUCAUGAUGUCAAAGUUCGUGUUGAUAGUGCAUGGAGCUCAAUAGAUCUAUAUGAUGUGCUCAUAGUUAUAUUUGAUGUCCAUAGACAUGUUAACAGACCUGAUGCAAGGGUUGUGAGAUUGAUUCACCACUUAGGGUCACAACCUAACCCAAAGCAAAAACGAAUCUUAUGUAUGAAUAAGGUGGAUUUGGUUGAGAAGAAGAAAGAUUUAUUAAAGGUUGCCGAGGAAUUCAAAGACCUUUGUGGAUAUGAGAGGAAUUUUAUGCUCUCUGGCUUGAAGGGUUAUGGAGUGAAAGAUCUAACUCAAUUUCUAAAAGAGCAGGCUGUUAAAAGACCUUGGGAUGAAGAUCCACUUGCAAUGAAUGAAGAAGUUAUGAAAAAUAUAUCAUUAGAAGUUGUUCGUGAAAGACUCUUGGACCAUGUUCAUCAGGAAAUUCCUUAUGGAAUAGAACAUAGGUUGGUAGAUUGGAAGGAAUUAAGAGAUGGAUCUCUCCGGAUUGAGCAUCACCUCAUCACUCACAAGAUGAGCCAGCGCAAGAUUCUGGUUGGAAAGAAUGGAUCAAAAAUUGGGAGAAUAGGAAUAGAAGCAAAUGAAGAGCUAAGGACUAUAUUCAAGAGGAAUGUUCAUCUCAUUCUUCAGGUCAAAGUGAAGUGAAGAAAGCCAAUUUGGAAGUUUUUUUUUUAUUAUUAUUAUGAGUUAGGGAGGGGUGGCUAAAUGCUGCUUUUAUAUGUAUAAAGUGGGGAGGUAUUGUGCAAUUCUGGUUGAUUAUCAUAUUUUAUAACAGAAGAUGAAAUAUGUUUCUGAAUCUUAAAAGGAUAAUGUAGUCAUCUAUUUUACUCCACUGAUUGUCAUUUUUGUAUCCCCAAGUCUUAUUUUGUUGUAUGAAUAAAUUAAUGAUUAGAUAUUUUUUACUUCACU